CACCUGAAGAUUGGGCUGGAAGCGUGUCUGCCUUAGCUGGCGAUCCAACCGGUGCUGCCUACUCGAGAGCCUCUGUCAGAUACUUCAUCUAAACCGCUCUCAAGUCUUUUUGGAGACGUCCUUCUCAGUCGAAAGGUUCCGCUGUCUGCAACGACUCUGACGCCAUGGCUUCCAAUCGCAACCGCCGUAUCGCGAAAGAAAUCGCAGACAUCCAUGCGGAUACACAUUCGCAAGUCACAGCUGAACCACUAGGGGGUGGGGACGACCUCACUCAUAUCCGGGGCUCCUUCAAAGGUCCUCCAGGUACUCCCUACGAGGAUGGCACUUAUUUUGUCGACAUCAGGAUACCCAAUGAAUACCCAUUCCGCCCUCCGAUCAUGAAGUUCGAGACCAAGGUCUGGCAUCCCAAUGUCAGCAGUCAGACGGGAGCAAUCUGUCUCGAUACCCUCUCCUCGGCUUGGUCCCCCGUCCUGACGAUCAAGUCAGCUCUUCUUUCCCUGCAGUCGUUGCUUAGCACCCCGGAACCGAAAGACCCGCAGGAUGCGGAAGUCGCCAAUAUGCUUUUACGGAAUCCAAGGGAGUUUGAACGAGUCGCAAGGGAGUGGGCCGUCGUUUACGCAGGAGCUCCAAAGAAGCAGAUAGCUGAGGGCAGUGGUGGUGCAACAAGCGAAUCUAUCCGACAACAGGAGAUCAAAUCAAAAGAGGAACAGGAGCGGGAUGAACUCGCCAAGUAUGAUGGAUACAAUAAAGACUUGAUCGAUCGCUUCGUCAGUAUGGGCUUCGACGUCGACAGGGUCGUAGCGGCCUUCAAGUACGUCGGGAUCGACCCCAUGGGCGGGGAGGACUAUGAGUUAGAAGAGGCUUAUAUGGGCGAUAUUACCGCGCGACUUCUGGGCGAGGCCUAAUCCACGCAGUAACGAAUUUGCAUCGAAAUAUACUUGGGUACUUCGAAAGGUACAAAUCCAUGGGUGCUGGUCGAGCGUAUGGUGCCUGGCGAAAUGACGUUCCUGUGGCGUUUGCACAUUUAGUGCUAGAUCCAAUUUCCUCUGAUCUCAUGCCAGCUGUAUUUAGUCUGAUUCUCAUGUAACGAAUGAAUUGAAUGUGAUGAAUGGAGCAAAUAAAUGGUUCGGUGUAUCCAUAAUGUCGUCCUGACUGUC